AUGUCCAGGCUGCGUGUUUCCGGAUCGAAACGCCGCAGAAUGCCAGCCUGCGCGACGGCACGGCGCGCGUGCCCUUGCGCGGCCGGUCGAGCGUUUCCCGGCGCUCCACGCGCGCUCGCGCUCGUUCCGUGCCCCGCAGGCGUCCCCUCCCAGCGAACAAGGUCGUACGUGCCCGGCGACGCCGACCCGGCCGCGCAGCAACCGCCUCCCCAGGCGCAGGGCCUCGCGGCGCCGCGCAACACAGCACCUGCCACCGUCGUGGAGGCGCUGCACACCGCCGACGAGCACACGCUCAGAGCCAUCAACACCAUCUGCAGGGAAGCCAGUCGGACUCCGGGACGCGCGACGAUCCCGGGGUUGUCGGAGAUUUGCAACGCCUCGCAGCAGAUCGCUCAACAGCGCGACGCGCCGCGCCUGUCGCGCAACUGCCUCGCCGCCGGCACGGCGAAGCUGGCCCUGGUGCUGGCGUCGUCGGCGGUGGUGCUGUCGCGCCCGGUGCUGGUGGUGGCGGCGUUCGCGGUGGCGUUCCACGUCGCGCCUGCGGUGCUGCGCGCGGCGCGGACGCUGCCGAGGGAGCGGCCGGCGGCGGCGGACUUUCUGAGCUUCGUGGCGGAGGUCCUGUGGCGCAGCAUGGUGUGGGCGGCGGCGACGCCGGGCACGCCCGCGGCGGCGAUGGUGCCGGCGCUGGAGCUGCUGGCGUUCGCUGCCAUCAACAGCAGGGACGGCGGGGCGUGGCGGGAGCGGGCGUUCGCGGGCGCGCCGGCGUGGAUGGCGGAGGUGGCGCAGGGCGCGUCGCCGCUCGCGCGGCUCGCGGGCGCCAGCCUGGACGCGGCGCCGGCGUGGCUGCUGCUGCGAAACGCCCUGGCGCGCGGGGCGCUGCCCGGGGCGCUGACGGCGGGCCCGCUGGCGGCGGCGGCGGUGCGCGUGGCGCUGUCGCGGGAGGUGGGCGGGCUGCUGCUGGCGGGGCGCGUGGUGGGCGGGGCGGUGGAGGCGUGGGUGCUGUGCACGUUCGUGCAGCACCUCCUCGCGACCGACAACGGCGAACCCGGGACGACGGCGGUCCGCAAAGCCGAACAGCGUUAUCGGUCGACCUCGCACGUGCAAGUGCGCCCCGCGAACAAGCUCUGGACCCCGGCCACGGCACUGCGCGGCAGCCGCACCGCGACACACCCCCCCUCGCAGUCCCUCCACGUUGAGAUCCCGGCCACGCCGAGCAGGAAGCGCAGCAGCCCCCCGCGCGUGCUGCGCCAGCGCCUCACGUCCCCGGACGGCGAGGUCACGUUCCUCGGGCCGAAGAAGCCCAGCGCGCUGCGGCGCCUGUUCUCGCGGAACAGCAAGCGGAAGCUGGGCGGGUCGUCGGUCGACGAGAAGAGCCCGUCGCAGAGCUGA